AGCAAAGCUUUAGGUGACUCCCUUUCCUUUAUUUUCUUCAUGGCUCUCACUGCUCUUUAGAAAGUAGCAAAACACACACACAAACAACCCAAAACACACACUUCCAUUUCCAUUUUUUGCCUAUAUAUAUAUAUAUAUAUGUAACAAGUACUUGUUAGAGUACUAAUUUGUACACCCUCUUAUCAAUUCCGUUGUAAAGAACACUUUUUUAACUAGUAUUUGUUCAAUUGAAUGCUUUUCUGAGGAAUUAAGGUGGUCGAAAACAGCUCCGAUCCAAGAAAGAUUGAAUCUUUAUAGUUUCUGCUAUGGCUAACAACCCUUCUGAGGGACCUUCUGAUGAUUUCUUUGACCAAAUCUUGGGAUUUCCUGCUUACAAUGGAGCAGAACCUAAUUUGGCGGGAAAUGAUGCCGGAGCUAUACCGCCGGCGAUGAUGCUCCAGCUUAACUCUGGUGAUGGGUCAAGUCAGUUUACUGGAGUGGGUCUUGGGGUUGGUUUAGGUGGUGGGGGGUUCCAUGGUCAUGGUGGGGGUGGUUCUUUUCCUUUAGGGUUGAGUUUAGAACAAGGGAAAGGUGGGUUCUUGAAGAUGGAUGAUGUUUCAGCACCUGGAAGGAGGUUUAGAGAUGAUGUUGUUGAUAGCAGAGCUUCUUCUUCUGUCAAACCUGGUUUUCAUGGACAACCGAUGCCUUCAAUGCCGCAUCCCCCUGCAAUACGUCCAAGGGUGAGAGCUAGGCGAGGACAAGCUACUGAUCCACAUAGCAUAGCGGAGAGGUUACGUAGAGAGAGGAUAGCAGAAAGAAUUAGAGCAUUGCAAGAGUUGGUUCCCAGUGUCAAUAAGACUGAUAGAGCUGUAAUGCUUGAUGAAAUUGUAGAUUAUAUCAAAUUCCUACGGCUGCAAGUGAAGGUGUUGAGCAUGAGUAGGUUAGGAGGAGCUGGUGCAGUAGCACCACUUGUUACAGACAUUCCAAUAUCAUCAGUAGAGGAAGAGAGCAGUGAAGGUGGAAAUAAUAACCAACCAGCUUGGGAAAAGUGGUCAAGUGAUGGCACAGAAAGGCAAGUGGCUAAACUCAUGGAAGAAAAUGUUGGUGCUGCAAUGCAAUUUCUUCAGUCUAAAGCACUAUGUAUAAUGCCUAUUUCUCUUGCAUCAGCAAUUUAUCACUCUCAGCCACCAGAUACAUCAAGUCUUGUUAAGCCAGAAACAAAUCCUCCUUCAUAGAUGAACACCCUUAUAGAAAAAGGUGACAUAACAUGCUAAUGACCUUAAAGAAUUUUCUUGCAGUGGAUGGUUCCUACUUUUAUCUAUUCAAGUAAUAUUUAGCUUUUUGUUGAAAAAACAGGGUUCUUUUUUAAAAAUAUUUAUGUAUAAAGUAAACCAUUUUCUAUCAUUUAUAUAUUUGAGUAGUUUUGUUCUUCGAUA